AUAGGCAGAUCCAGUUGCUCUUUCUGCUUCUACGCCGACCCAUAAUACAGUUGGAGGACAGAGCACAGCGUCUGAAUUGGGGAGUGGGCAGAAACCAGGGUCAAAGGUCGUUUACGUCUUCACCACAGAGAUGGCCAACAAGGCGGCAGAUGCAGUCAUAACGGGACAUGUAGACAACAUCAUCACUUACCACAUGAAUAAUAUCUCUAACGGCAAGGGUGGAAAGCCCCAGCUCCCCCUGAACAAUCAGAUUGGGUCCCUCAGAAGUGACACUAAACAGCAAGGAGUCCCGUCCCAGCAACAGCCCUCAUCUCUCGCCAGUGAUCAGAACCACCAAGCAGCCUCUAAAGUAGCGCAGCAAGGCCAGCAGCAACAACCUCAAGCGCAACCCACCCAACCUCAGCAACCAAGCCAGGGGGCAAAACCAACUAGCCUGCCUCCAGACAAUGCACCUUCAGCUGGUAUGGACUCUAAGAGCCUCCCCAGCAGUAGCCCACAGGAUGGUACUGGAUCCCACGAUGGUAGCAACUCUGCAGGGACACCUGGUAGCCAGGCCUCCAACCAACCUCCCAAUGCUGUCCCUCAACCGAGCUUCCCAUCCCUAGAUUUACCUAAAGGGGCAGAUGCCAAGCUCACAGCUCAACACCACCAGCAGCUGGCUCAUGAAAUCAUGUCUAGCAUGGGGGAAAACCCUGAGGGCCUUUCCCAAGAGCAACUUGAACACAGGGAACGUUCCUUACAGACUUUACGUGAUAUACAGCGUAUGCUCUUUCCAGAUGACAAGGACAUGGCUGCCAUGGGACAAGGGAACAUGGGUGGACCCCUGCCCAAUUCUGCAAUGAUGGAAGGAGGACCCAAGAAAAUAGAACAAGGGCCUCUCCAAGCCAUGAUGGCCCAGUCAAAAAGCCUUGGGAAGCCAGGUGGUCCGGGAGGACCACGUCCAGAUGGGCCUCCCUUUGGUCCGCAUGGUCCUAGAGACAUGCCCUUUUCUCCAGAUGAUCUUGGACCCCCUCCACCAGGUCCAGGACCUAUGAACUUGCAUCCAGGUCCUGGUGGAGAGCAUGGAGACCAUAUGACCCCAGAGCAGAUGGCCUGGCUAAAACUGCAGCAAGACUUCUAUGAGGAGAAGAAGCGCAAACAGGAACAAAUGCAGCAUAGGCCAAUGGGAGACAUGAUGCUUCAUCAGGGUGGACCUAGAGGAAUGAUGCGAGGUCCACCACCACCCUACCAGAUGAAUCCUGGAGAGGUGUGGGGCCCUGGUGGCCCUGAACCAUUCCCUGACCAGAUGAAUAUGGGCCCCAGAGGUAUGCAUCCACACAUGCAGAGGAUGCCUGGGUUCCCUGGCAUGAUGAACCCUGACAUGGAGGGAGGGCCCAAUACUAUGCCCAGACCUGGAAUGAACUGGCCUGAUGAUAUGCCAAAAAUGGGGGAUGGGAGAGGAUUCCCUCCUGGGCAAGGCAUGUUUGGAGGUCCGGGUGGGAGGGUGGAAAGAUUCCCUAAUCCUCAGUCUGUACAGGAAGCUAUGUUCCAUCAAGGUAUGGGUGAUAAACAAGGCAUGGGUCUGACGCCUGGCAUGAUGAUGGAGAUGAAUCGAAUGAUGGGUAAUCAAAGACCCAUGGAGCCUGGAAAUGGAGGUGGCAUGAUGUUUCCCAGAAUGCCAGGUGAUGGUCCCAUGAGCCCCUCCUCAAGAAUGGAGUUUGUGAAAGGUCUUGGUCGAGACAUGAAUGAAUUUGGCAUGGGACCUGGAAACCUCAAUGUAAACAUGGGUCCUAGUCCUCAGAUGAUGCCCCCUAAGAUGAGAGAUCCACCAAUGAACCUUAGUCCAGAGGAAAUUAUGAAGAUGAGGCAAGGUGGAGGUCCAAUGCCUGACAAUGUAGUUCCUUCACAGAGAAUAAUGCAGGGGCCUCCUUUCCCUGACCAGCCCCAUGCAGGAGACCUCAACAUGGGACCCAACCGACAAUUCCCUGGCAUGGGUCCCCAAGGCCCUGGAAAUCCAAGAGGUCCCAGAGGCGAGCCACCCUUUGGACCUGACCAAAGAGGAGGCAGUGUGGGUGGAAAUGGUCGUCUUAGUCACAUGCCUCCUUUACCACCGAACCAAGUUCCCAACAGCUCAGGGCCUCUGCCUGGCCAGAGAAAUAUGAGUCGCAAGCCCUCAGACCUGAAUGUCCAGUCUGGCCCUGCUAAUUCGCCCAACAUCAAUGUCAACCCGCUAAAGUCACCAACACUGCGGCAGGUCCAGUCGCCGAUGCUGGGCUCACCAUCAGGUAACCUCAAGUCUCCACAGACGCCGUCCCAGCUGGCUGGUAUGCUAAGCGGACCAUCAGCGGCAGCAGUUGCAGCAGCAGCCAUUAAGUCUCCUCCCAUGAUGGGCUCAGCAGGGGCAUCACCCGUCCACAUGAAGUCUCCUUCGCUUCCUGUCCCCUCCCCUGGCUGGACGUCAUCACCCAAGCCGCCCAUGCAAAGCCCAGGAAUCCCUCAGAACAACAAGCCUCCCCUUAGUAUGACGUCACCAAACAUGAUGGGCAGUGUAGAGCAAGGUGGUAAUCCUCCUCCCUCAGCUCCUCCCUCCAAUAGUUCCUCCAGUCAGCCAGGUGGCAUGAAUGUGCCAGGAAGUCUUCCAUCCAGCAGCCCCUACACAAUGCCCCCAGAGCCAACGUUAUCCCAAAAUCCUCUUUCCAUCAUGAUGUCCCGCAUGUCCAAGUUCGCAAUGCCCAGUUCUACGCCCCUCUACCAUGAUGCGAUCAAAACUGUGGCUAGCUCUGAUGAUGACUCGCCGCCUGCUCGAUCGCCAAACUUGCCAUCUAUGAACAACAGCAUGCCCGGUAUGGGUGUGAACCAUCACCCAGGUCAUCCUCGAAUGAUGACACCCAACCCUUCUGGCCCCAUGCCUUCCCUCAGCCCAAUGGGGAUGAACACUAUGGGUUCCCAGCCGCUUUCGCAUGGCAUGCCAAACCAGAUGCCCUCGCCCAAUCCCAUGGGCCCCAAUAUGCCUCCUCACUCUGGGCCUAUGGGUCCAGGCAUGAUGCCUCAUGGUAUGAUGAUGAACCCAGUCUCCCAAGACCCUGGCAUGGGCAACAACCAGAUGAUGCCACAGGGGCGUAUGGGUCUUCCUCACCGAGGACAGGGCUUCCCUCCAGGACAGUCACCUCCACAGCAGGUCCCCUUUCCUCACAAUGGUCCCGGGCACCAGGGUGGCUUCCCUCAUGGGAUGGGUUUCCAGGGAGAAGGGGGCCCACUGGGCAGGAUGGGCAAUAUGCCUCAUGGACCUGGUGGUGAGCCAGUUAUGUGUAAACCUAACACUCCAGGAGGCCAGGAGUUUAAUAACAUGCCGGGUGUCUUCAGUGACUCAGAUCUACAUGAGGUAAUGCGACCAGGUGCGUCAGGUAUCCCCGAGUUUGACCUCUCUCGAAUUAUCCCCUCUGAGAAACCUAGCCAGACUCUGUCCUACUUCCCUCGUGGUGGAGACGCCCCUGGUGGGAAGCCACCACAUCCGUCUGGCCCACCUGGCUUUCCCCACAUGCAGGGGAUGAUGGGUGAGGGUAAUCCGAGGAUGGGCCUCCCCAUGCAGGGAAUGGGUGGUCCUCCUGGCCCUGGACACAUGGGGCCACAGGACAUGCCCAUGGGUAAUCCAGGCCACAACCACAUGAGACCCCCAGGUUUCAUGGGUCAGGGUAUGAUGGGGCCACAGCACAGAAUGUUGUCUCCUGGCCAGCAGCCAGGAAUGAUGGGAGGCCCUGGAAUGAUGCAAGGAAAGGAACGGCCGAUGUACAACCACCCUGGCCCUGUGGGCUCUCCUAACAUGAUGAUGUCACUACAAGGGAUGAGCGGUCCUCAGCAGACUAUGAUGAUGCCCUCUCAGAUGAGGCCUCGAGGAAUGGCAGCAGACAUGGGCAUGGGAUUUAACCCCGGCCCAGGAAACCCUGGGAAUAUAAUGUUUUGAGCCUCCACUACAGUUAUGAACAGUCGGGAAACUGUGUAACCUGUGAAAUAAAAACCUUUGUAAUGAAAGACAAAAAGAAACUCUGUUGUCAAGCAGAUACUUGUGGAAACCGGGACAUUUUCUGUGCACAUACACACCCUGACACCUGGUUAGAACAAGGUUUAUAGCUUACAAAGUGAUGGGUAUCCAUCACAUACACAUGGAUGUGUUCACAGGGAAUCUUCUACGAUGGUAAUGUCAUUUAACAGGUGGAAGUGUGAGAAGCUAAUUGUGCUUUCCUCAAAGUUGGGCUCAGGUCCGGCACAGUUUGGAAAGGACUUUUUUUUCGCUAACUUGGGAAUGUAUAUGGAAUUUACAAGACCGACUCAUGUCGAGAAUAUUUGUUUGACAUUGUGGACAAGAUGCCACAUAUAAAGUCUACAGCAAACCAAGUAUGAACGUUUAGGGGCUUCAUUGUACUUUUAUACAUAGUUGGAAACCAGGAAAGAUUGUUGGAAAAUAAAAAAAGUCCAAGAACUGAAAGAAUAGACAUGAAAGUGGAAAAGUCAAGGAACAUUUUGUCACAAGGUGCACCGUCUUGGCUAUAUGUUUACAUCUUAUCGCAUCACUUCCCUCCAAACAGGAAAUGCUCUUUGUAUGUGUGUACUGUACUUGUGUUGUUAAAGGGAUUCUACCAGUGAUUUCUAUAGUUUUUUUUCAUCUUCAUUUGUAAAGGGGGGAUUGAGGUGGUUGUUUGUGGACAGUAGGUGACACAAUAGCACCACAAAAUACUGUGUACUGUGGGGCGUACAGAUUAUUUUAAAUUUAAUUUUCUUUGCUACUCCAGUGUAUGAUAAAACCAAACUAAGACCUCGUACAGAUCAUAGUAUUAUUAAAAAAGCACAAACAAGAAUUAACUGUAAAGAAUAAAGUGUUUUCUUUUCUCCUUUUUUUUAUUGUAGAGAAAAACACUUUGACAGUCAGUAGGAGCAGAAAUCAGAUGUAUGCAGUGUGGUCUCCCGUUCCUGUUUUAGAAACCUCUGUAAGCUGGUCUGGGUACAGGUGAGGGUGACUGUGGAGGGGGAUUUUUUAACCCCAUAAACCAGCAGCACUCCGUUCUGCAGUGACACUCAGGCUACUGUCUGCAUAUCCGUGUCUGUCCGACAAGGACUGCAGUCAGGCUGUCGCUGUUUGCCACCACUGCGGAAUACAUUGAAAAGAUUAUUAUUAUUUUUUUUAAAUUGCUUAGCUGUGUACAGCUAUACAGUGCAGCGCUGACAACAUCUGAGCUACUGGAGGGUGGGCUUCUUCUUUCUUUCUUUUUUUUUUUUUUUUUGUAGAAAACAAAUGAUUAUUAAAACAAAAACAGAAAAAAGCUAAUAGGUUGUCCUCUUGUCCCUGCCCCUCCUGUGUUGAUGCUCGUCAUGUGUAACUCCAUUAAAUUUGGUACUGAACCACUUCCUAAGGCUGGGCUGUGGUGUUGGACGACAAAUAAAAUAUAUUGUUUGGUAUAAA